AUCAGGCUCUUGACGGUCUUACCGUCACAUGACCGAGAAGACCCCAUCCACUGUACCUUGGCCCGCACGCCGGUCUCUACUGCUCAGGCGUACAAAGCCCUCUCAUACGUAUGGGGCGAUUCCUCAAGCACGGUCUUUAUAGUGCUCGAUGGAGCCGAGGAGCAAAUAACGACAAGCCUUGACACUGCUUUGAGAUACAUUCGCCAUCCUACCGACCCCCAGGUAUUCUGGAUCGACGGUGUCUGCAUCAAUCAGGCCGACACCUCAGAGCGGGGCGAGCAGGUGAUGCUCAUGGCCGAGAUAUUCCAGAAAGCUGAUGUCGUCGUGGCCUGGCUCGGAGAAGAGCAGGAUGACAGUGCUAUGGCUCUG